AAGCUCAGAUUCUAUCUUCUAAUGUUGUCGUCUUCUUCUGCUUCUUCCUCUUCCGAAGUAAAAUGGCGGUUCGACGUUUUCAUUAACUUCAGAGGCGAGGACGUCCGCCACGGCUUCGUCGAUGACCUCCACAAGUGUCUGCUUCAUCGCGGCAUUAACGCCUACAUCGACAGCGAGGACUUGAGGCGCGGGGACAAGAUCUCGCCCGCCCUCAUGAAGGCCAUCGAGGAGUCGCGGAUCGCCGUGCUCGUCUUCUCCGAGAACUACGCUUCGUCUAGCUGGUGCUUGAACGAGCUGGUGAAGGUAAUGGAGUGUAGGAGGCUCAAGGAAGAGCCGGUGCUGCCCGUGUUCCACAAAGUGGAGCCCGGAGAGAUUCGAGGGCUGAGAGGGCGUUACGGCGAUGAAUUGGCCAGGCACGAGAAAUUGGGACAGGAUCCUGAGAGGGUGGAUAAAUGGAGGGAAGCCCUAAUUGAAGCCGCCAAUUUGGCCGGUUGGCAUUAUACCGAUGAAAAAUCACAAGAUGAGACCGAGUUCAUCAAGAAGAUCGUCAAAGAGAUCUCGCAUAUAGUAGAACGAGCACCCUUGAGUGUUGCCAAAUAUCCCGUCGGUGUAGGUUCCCGGGUAGAAAAUGUAAUGUCGUUGUUGAGUAUGGGCGUGGGUGAUAUUCGGAUGAUAGGAAUAUGGGGAGCUGGAGGUGUAAGGAAGACCACUAUCGCUAAAGCUGUCUAUAACAGUAUUGCUGAUCAGUUUGAUGGGUGCAGCUUUCUUGCAAAUGUUAGAGAAAAUUCCGGUAGACCUGAUGGCCUAGUUCAUUUGCAGAAAAAAAUGUUGUCCGAGAUAUUAUGGAAAGAAGAUGUAUCAGUCUCAAAUGUGGAUCAAGGCGCUAAUCUAAUACCAAAUAGACUUUGCUGCAGGAAGAUUCUACUUGUGCUUGAUGAUGUGGAUCAUGGGGACCAGUUAAAUGCAUUAGCUAGAGAAUGUGGAUGGUUCGGAAAAGGGAGCAGGAUAAUCAUUACGACAAGAGAUAAACAUGUACUACCUUCUCGUGCAAAAGAUCGGGUAUAUGAAGUUGAUCUAUUAGAUCAAAGUGAAGCUUUUAAACUUCUCAGUUCACAUGCUUUUCAAGGAAACCAGAUGAAAGACAUAAGCAGGGAUCUCAUAGAUAAUAUUUUGGGCUAUGCUAAAGGUCUUCCCUUAGCGAUUGUGGUCUUGGGUGCCUUUUUAUUUGAUAGAAGCAGAGUACUAUGGCAGAGUACAUUGGAAAAACUUGCUGAAAGUCCUACUAAAGAUAUAUACAGUGUUCUCAAGAUAAGUUUUGAUGCGUUGGAGGAGAAUGAGAAGGACAUUUUUCUUGACAUCACUUGCUUCUUUAAGGGGUGGGGUAGAGGUUAUGUAACUAGAGUUCUUGAUGGUUGUGGUUUGAAGACAUUAACUGGGAUUCAGAUUCUAAUAGACAGAUCCUUAGUAACAAUUGAGUAUGGGAUGGUUGAAAUGCAUGACUUGAUUCAGCAAAUGGGCCAGGAUAUUGUUAAACAUGAGUCUCAUGAGUCUCUAGAUGAUCCUGGGAAACGGAGUAGAUUAUGGUGCUAUGAUGAUGUUUUGAAGUACUGUCGGAGGAUACGGUGA